UCGCCUUCCCUUUACCUUACCCUCAUCCUCCGGCGUACAAGCCCACCAAAAAUCUCUCUGCUUUUCUCAGAGCACUGAGCAGUUUACUCUUCGUCUUCGUUGCUCUCAACUCAACAAAACCCAUGUUUCGAAACGCUUCUCAGCAUCCAAACAAGCCACAGAAGCAAGAAAGAGAAUGGUUGGCAGUGAGCUUUAAGCCAGAGAACUUCAUUCCAGGAGUUGUCAUUGGCUUCAUUCUUGGGUUGCUGCUGGAUUUAUCACAGCCCGGUAAGGGUCGAUCGAAGAAGAACAAUGCUUCGGUAGGCCAGCUCCAACAGCGGAGUUUGGUCACAAGCAAUGUCAGUGGUGGUGAAGAACUUAAAAUGGUACUGGUAGUUAGACGAGACCUAAAGAUGACAACGGGUAAAAUUGCAUCUCAGUGUGCUCAUGCUGCCACUGGCGCGUAUGCAGAACUGAUGCAAAGCCACAGAUCCCUUUUGAGACAGUGGGAGCAACACGGGCAACCCAAAAUAGUGGUUGCAUGCAAGAAUCAACAAGAAAUGAAUAAGCUGAAGGAAGCAGCUGAGAACAUUGGCAUUCCAACUUUUGUCGUUGCUGAUGCAGGGCGAACACAGGUUGUGAGUGGAUCAAAGACAGUUCUUGCCAUUGGACCUGGACCAAAAGAAUCAGUAGAUUCAAUAACAGGGAAACAGGCUCUUCUAUGAUAGUGCCGUAGAAAGCAAAGGCUUCCUCCAUCUUCAUGUCUCUCUCGUAUUCGUGGGUAGCUUUUUCUUCUUCUUUAUUGCUUCUCUAAUUGAGGCCCUUAAAUGUAAAUCAAGGUGACGGUGGUUGACAUCACGUUGCAAGCAGUGGCCAGACGUGAUUCAAUUCUCCCUAGUGUUUAUCCAAAGGAAGGUCGUUAGUUUUCUAGUCGGAUUCCAUCCCCGACGGAGGUAAGAUAGGAAGGAAAGGUGGACGUGUAGCUUGUAUUCUGAUUGGCAUGUAUUGCUAGACAAAUUGUAAAAUUUUUAGGUCUAUUAAUAUCAUUCAUUCUCUUGACUGCCGAAAUGUAGCAUGAAUUGUGUACACGGAAACUCCUCGAUUUGGGUAAUGAAUCUACUGUUCGUAA